AGUACUAAUAAUAUCCAAAACUGGUUUUGUUUCAAUUGAAGCUUCAACUCAAACUCAAACUCAAACAAAAGCAAGAACAUGUCAUCUUCAUUCUCUAUCUUCCCAUCACUUCAAAACCCUAACUUGGACCAUGCCCAUUUCUUCAAUCCCAUCAAAUUCCCCAAUUUCCAUUUCAAUUCAACAAGACUCACUUCACCACCACGCACUCGCCCCAACUUCCCCCAACUCUACAAAACUUCUUCAACUCUUCGCCGUAGAAUCCCCUGCAAUAAAGCUUUGAAGGAUUCCGGUGGUGAUGGUGGCGGUGGAGAUGGUGGUGGUGACCGUGAGGUGGAGAAGGAAAAUGGGUCGUCGGGACCUUUUCCAGGUUGGUUGAAUUUCACUUCUGAUGACGCAAAAACGGUGUUUGCUACUCUUGCAAUAUCGCUUGCAUUUCGUACAUUCAUUGCUGAACCUAGGUUCAUUCCUUCCUUGUCAAUGUAUCCUACUUAUGAUGUUGGAGAUCGAAUUGUUGCUGAAAAGGUUUCAUACUAUUUUAGAAAGCCGUGUGCAAAUGAUAUUGUGAUAUUUAAAAGCCCUCCAGUCCUUCAAGAAGUUGGAUACACUGAUAAUGACGUUUUCAUUAAACGUGUUGUUGCAAAGGAAGGAGAUGUCGUAGAGGUUCGUAAUGGGCAUCUUGUAGUUAAUGGGGUUGAGAGGGACGAGAAAUUUAUCAAUGAACCACCGAAGUAUGAGAUGAAACCCACACGUGUGCCAGAGAACUUUGUUUUUGUGAUGGGAGACAACCGCAAUAACAGCUAUGACUCACAUGUGUGGGGUCCCUUGCCUGCCAAGAAUAUCAUAGGUAGAUCAGUAUUCCGCUAUUGGCCACCAAAUAGAAUUGGCAACACAGUUGCUAAGGGAGGGUGCCCUGUUGAAACCAAGCCGGAGACAACUACUACUACUAGUAGUAGUAGUAGUAGUACUACUCUAGCAUCUCAAUGAUGAAAGCAGCAACAUUUUUGUCAAUUAUAUGAUAUGAUUUUUGUCAAGCUUUAUUAUUCAUUAUGUACACUAGUUUGUUGAGAACACAAUUUUAUGAUCCUUUCCAUUCUUUGUGUUAGCUUGUGUUAUUGCUGAUCACCCUUCUCUGUAACAAGAUAUUGAACCCAAACAUUAGCCAGACACACACAAAAUAUGAAAUUAUGGACUUGUGUAUUCAGUUUUUGUAUUACUAACAAUUGGUUGUACUAAUAUCCCAUUUACAUUGGUUAAUAUUUGUAAUGGAAAAUUGGAUGAAGUUUUGCUUGCGGUAGGUGGCAAUUGCACUCUUCAAGCAACUUUCUCAAUCUUAUCAACUAUA